CUUUACCCUCGGUAGUCAUAAUUCAUCACUGUCUUGUUACGUUUUACUAUCAUUGUGAGAGAGUUGAAAUUAAUUUGUUUUGCAGUUUUUCAUUUAAAAAAAGUUUUUGAAAAAAUAACAAUGCAAUCGAGUGGCUUGGACUUGAGUUCUAAUUCUGAUUCUGAUGCUUCCGAUAGGAGUAAUAGUAGUGACAACGACAAUAAUUAUACCGUCUCGAAUUUGUUGAAUGAAAUAUCAGAUCCCAAAACUUACAAUUUAAAACCAAAACACAUAUCGUUCGAACAAGAAGACAGUGACGAGGAAGAGGAGAGCCCUCCGAGAGUAAAGCCAAAAGCGGCUCCUGCAAAAAAAGUCAACAAAGUUGUAAACAAAGUCCCCCCUGCACCAGCAGCAGCAGCAGCAGCAGAAAGUAGCAGCAAAGCCAGCAAAAAGAAGUUGCCGGCGCCGCCGCGGCCGCCGUCCAAAUCGAAGUUGCAGUCGUUGCAGAAGAAUCAGAAGAAAAGCGCCUCCUCCGAAUCCGAAUAUUCCGAUAUUUCCGAUUCCGAAGUCAUCAGCAGUAGCAGUGAAGCAGCGAUUCCGGACGGCACAUCACCCAUUGAAAAAUUGGUAGCCGCGACAGCAAAAAUCACGCUCAAACCUCGAAAUAAAGUGCAGGAGCAGGGCACGUCAACAUCAGUUAAAUCUACCAACGACAAAGCUAGAGUCUCCUCUUCUAAAACAAUGGAGCACAACCUUUCCACCAAAGAAAUGGUAGUAAAUGCACUCGGUGCUUUAAAAGAGCGCAAAGGCUCGACGAUUUCUGCCAUCAAGAAAUACAUGAUGGCGCACUUGGAGCCAACAGAACAGCGUUUGAAGAACGUGGCAAAGGUCGUAGUUGACGGUGAACGUCAAGGAUGGAUAACGCGCACGGAGGGUGUCGGAGCAUCUUCGGGGAGUCGUUUCAAGCUUCCGCUCCAGAGUAAGCCAAAGAAGGUACCGGUGCUGGCCGCCCCGCUGAAACUAAAGCCCAAGCCGAAGAAGAUCGCAUCCGAAAAACCCAAAGAGAAGAAGAAGGAACCCGUCAAGAAAAAAACUACGAAAGUGGCCAAAGAAAACUCCUCGCCCAAUAAGAAACAGAAGACCGAGUCUACUGACAAGAAAAAAGCCAUAUCUAAAAAGGCACCGUCCAAAAAAGCUUAGAGUAUAAUUGAAAGAUUUGUCGAUUUAUGGAUUUGAUUGUUGCGCAAUCACUUUUUUGUUUCUUCGUGCGCUGAAGAAAUCUUAUGAAUUUCACUAGCGGUUUUCGUUAAUCAAACAAAAAUAACUUAUUUUUUAUUCUUUUUUUUUUUCUAUUAUUAUAAUGACAAUUUAUGUGUGAUUGUAUUUAAAAUUUACAGUUAAACGUCUAAACGUACUAUCAAUAUUGUUUUCAUUCUAACUAAUUAAUUAAGAACUUACUUGUAUAAUAGAUGGUAAACUUUGAAAGUAAUACUAUUAAAUAAUUUAAUCAAGUUAUCAA